GCUCUGUUGAGGGGGGGCGAUGGAGACCAACAUGAGCGACGAGAGCAGCCACUUCCAGUCCUACCCCUUCGACUUCCUGGACUUCCUGACCCACCAGCGCCCGGAGCCGCCGGAGCCCUUCGAGCCCCUAAGUCGCUGCCCCUCCCCCGCCCCCUUCGAAUACCCCCCUCCGGGGGCCCUCCUCGACCGCCCCCCGCCCAAGCACAAGCCCGAGGGGGCCACUAGCGCUGCUUCCUCCUCCUCCUCCUCCUCCUCCUCCUCGACCUCCUCGUCCUCGGCGCAGCCCAAGAAGCCGGAGGGCCCUUGGGGAGUCCCGCGGGGCCCUCCCGCACCCGCCCCCACUCUCCCGCCGCCCCCGCCCCCCGCCCUCUUCGAGGCCGCCGCGCUUCCCGGCCCUCAGUGGGGCAUCGUGGACCUGUCGGGGCACCAGCACCUCUUCGGGGGGCUCAAACGCGGCGGGGCCGGGCGCCCCAGCGCGACCCCGGGCGGCGCCGCGGCGCCGGAACCCGGCUCGAAGGAGGAGCGGAGCUACUUCCGGCGCCUCAAGUACCUGGUGGAGCGGCGCUUCCCGUGCGCCGCCUGCCCCAAGGCGUUCCGGCAGGCGGCGCAGCUGGUGCAGCACGUGCAGGCGCACGGCGCCGAGCGGCCCUACGAGUGCCGCACCUGCGGCCGCGCCUACAGCCACGGCUCCAGCCUGGUGCGCCACCGCCGCUGCCACCGCGACGCCCCCGACGACGCCGGCGCCGGCGCCUCGGCCAGGGCGGCGCCCCCCGUGCCCGGCGCGGCCUCCGGGGUCCUGGCCUUGGCCAAUGGGGUCGGCGUGGCGCCCAAUGGGGUCGUGUGGCGCCCAACGGGGUCGUCCCGCUGGCCGGCGGGGUCGGUGCCCUCCCCAGCGUGGGAGCCCUCCCCAGCGCCGGCGCGGCGCCCGCCGGGGCCAACGCGGGCCGGCGCCGGGCGCGGCGCGGCCGCGGCUCCCAACGGGCCGGCGCGGGACUCGGCGUGGGCGCCGCGGCGCCCGGCGGGGUCGCGCGGGGCCCAACGGGGUCGGCGCCGCGCCCGUCCCGCCGCGCCCAACGGCGUCAACGCCCAGGCCAACGGCGUCAACCUGGUGGCGCCCGGCGGGGUGACGGUGGCCGUGGCCAACGGGGUCAUCCCGGUGCCCAGCGGCGUCCUCCUGGCGCCCGGCGCGGUGCCCCUGGCGCCCGUGGGGGUCCCGCUGGCCCCGGGCGGCGGCGCCGGCGCGGCCCCGGCGGGCGCGGAGGGGCCGUUCACGUGCCCGCUGUGCUGGAAGGUGUUCAAGAAGCCGAGCCACCUGGCGCAGCACCAGAUCAUCCACACGGGCGAGAAGCCCUUCACCUGCGCCGCCUGCGGCCGCAGCUUCAACCGGCGCGAGAGCCUCACGCGCCACGUGAAGACGCACGCGGGGCCGCGGCGCGUGCCCUGCCCGGUGUGUGGAAAGGAGUUCCGCGACGCCGCCUACCUGCUGCGCCACCAGGCCAGCCACGGCGGGCCCCGGCCCGCGCACCGCUGCGACGUCUGCGGCAAGGCCUACGCCGCGCCCCAGAGCCUGCUGCGGCACCGCCGCGCCCACGCCGCGCCCGAGGCCGGCCCGGGGGCCGCGGGGUGGCGGGGCCUCGGCGGCGGCGCCGGCGCCGCGGGCGAGCCCCUCUCCGGGGGCGGGCGGCGGGCGCAGCUCGGGUGCGCGGUGUGCGGGCGGGCGUUCGCGCGCGAGACGCUGCGGCGCCACGAGCGCAUCCACACCGGGGAGAAGCCGCACGAGUGCGGGGUGUGCGGGAAGCGCUUCCGGGAGUCCUUCCACCUGCGCAAGCACCGCGUGGUGCACACGCGGGAGCGGCCCUACCGCUGCGACCUGUGCGGCAAGACCUUCGGCUACCCCCAGAGCCUCACGCGGCACCGCCAGGUGCACCGCCCGCCGCCGCCCGCGCCGCCCCCGCCGCCCGGCGAGGCCGCCCCGGCCGGGCUGGGCUGCGGCGCCUGCGGGCAGCGCUUCCCCGACCUGCUCCGCGCCGCCGCCGCCGCCCACCAGGACCCGCUGCCGGGACCCGCGGCCGAGCGCCCGCCCGGCUGCGACACCUGCGGGCAGGUGUUCGGCUUCCUGGAGAACCUCGUCUGGCACCGCCUGGUGCACCCGGCGCCGCCGGAGCGGCCGGUGACGGCGGCGGCGGGGGGCGAGCCCCCGGUGCCCGCCGAGGCGCCGCGGGCGGCGCCACGGGCCGGGCGCUUCCCCUGCGGCACCUGCGGGCGCAGCUUCAAGCGGUUCCUGGCGCUGGUGACGCACAAGUACGUGCACCUGGCGCGGCGGCCGCGGGCCUGCGGGGCGUGCGGGCGGCGCUGCGCCGCGGCCUACGAGCUGCUGCUGCACCGCCGGCGCCACCUGCGCCGCCGGCCCUGGCCCUGCGGCGGCUGCGGGCGCCGCUUCUGGGCGGCCGCGCUGCUGCGGCGGCACCGGCGCCGCUGCCUCGCCCGGCUGCGCUGCCGCACCUGCGGCCGAGCCUUCCGCCGCGCCCGGGCCCUGCGGCGGCACCGCGCCGGCCACGCCGGGGCCCUGCGCUGCCCGCGCUGCGCCAAGCGCUUCGCCCACCCCGCCGGCCUGGCCGAGCACCAGCGCCGGCACCGCCCGGCGCGGCCGCGGCGCUGCCGGACCUGCGGGGAGAGCUUCGGGCGGCGCUCGGAGCUGCUGGAGCACCGGCGGCGCCACCUGGGCGAGGACGUUUACCGGUGCGAGCGCUGCGGGAAGAGCUUCUUCUACCUGUCGUCCAUCCUGCGGCACCAGCGCGGCCACGCGCGGCGCCGGGGGCUGCGCUGCCCCGCCUGCUGCCGCCGCUUCGGCGACGCCCGCCGCCUGCGCCGACACCUGGCCGGCCACGAGGCCGGGCGGCCCUUCCCGUGCCGCGCCUGCGGCGAGGCCUUCGCCGCUCCCGAGGGGCUGCGGCAGCACCGGCGGCUGCGGCACCGCCAGGGCGCGGCCGGGGCGGCCCAGGGGGAGUGAGGGGAGGGUGUCGGGGGCAUCGGUGCCACGGGGACACGGAGGGGACGUCGUGGUGGGACACAGCUGGACACGGCUCAGCACAGCACGGGGGGACACGGCACGGUCAUGGCACGGCACAGCUCGGGUGGACAUGGCUGGACACGGCUCGUCGUGGCAUGACGGGGAUGUCACGGCAGGGCGUGGCUCGUCACAGCACAACCCAACCUGUCACGGGCUGACACGGCACGGCACGGCUCGGCACGGCGGGACAGGACUUGUCGCAGCUCCUCAUGGAUCCUCACGGUGCGAAACGGCUCAGCACGGAUUUGUCACGGCGUGACACGCCCUGACAUGCCCCAGCACGCCUCGCCAUGGCUUGGCACGGUUCCUCACGGUGUGACACGGCUCAGCACAGAUUUAU